AUGCCCUCAGAGAAGCUGAGUGAGGUGGCUGUUGGAGUCACAAAAACCAUCCUUGAUUGAACCAUCCAACUCCUGUUGAAACCCUGACUGCUGAACCUCCACUCACAGACUUAGUACAGCCAGACAGCAAGGACCAAGAACCAAGCAGUGAACUGGACUCUGUGGAGCAAACUCCAUGUUCUCAUGAGACCCUGCCAGCUGUAGCUACUGCCACAGUUUCAGUCCUGGAGGGCAAGGAUGUGGAGGGAGAGUCCACCAGAGAUCCAGAGCCUGUUUUGGGAAAGGGAAAGCCUCCAACACUGUUUGAACCUGAUACAGAGGAUACCAUCAGCAACCAAGAGCCAGGCCAGGAAACAGACCCUGCCAAGUUGGGUUCUCCACCAUCUCCUCCAGUCUAUCCUGAUGAGCCAUCCUUCACCAGCCAGAGUAUUUCAACUGAGCCCUCACUACAUGCUGAGUCUGUCCAGGCUAAUCUUCCUCCUGUCACCCUGCCAGCUGAACCUCCAGUCCUGGUUUCAGACCUGGAGAGUGUUGACAAAAUUGAGGAGCCAGGAACAAGGGAUGAACCUCCAGUCCUAGUUUUAGACCUGGAGGAUGUGGACAAAAUUAAGGAGUCAGGAACCAAGGAUAAACCAACAACCCAGACCCUGAUGGUGCCAACUCCAUCACCUCCAGUGAUCCCACCCACUGAAGCUCCCACCACAGCUGCAGUCCUGGAGGAUGACGUUAUGGAUGAGUGGUCCACCACAGAACCCGCUUUUCAGACUGCAAACAAGGCUGUGCAGGUCCAGGUCAGGGUACAAAAACCCAGAAUGAGGAGGAUCUUGAGGUGGUUAAGGGGGAUCGGCGGCUGCUGCUGCUGCAGGCUGCCUAAAGAUGACUGA